GCCCGCUGACAGAUUCGCGGCGGCGGCGGCAGCGGUGGCCCUGGCCCUGGACUGCGGGGAAUGGGAGUCCUAGGUCUCUGAGCGCCGCCCCCGCCUCCCUGCCCCCGACAUGGCUCAGGAGAAGAUGGAGCUAGACCUGGAGUUGCCUCCGGGUACUGGCGGGAGCCCGGCGGAGGGCGGCGGCAGUGGCGCCGGCGGGGGCCUCAGGAGGUCUAACAGCGCCCCCCUGAUCCACGGCCUCAGUGACACUUCGCCGGUGUUCCAGGCCGAGGCGCCCAGCGCCAGGCGGAACAGCACAACGUUCCCGAACCGCCACGGCCUGCUGCUGCCGGCCUCUCCCGUCCGCAUGCACAGCAGCCGCUUGCACCAGAUCAAACAGGAGGAGGGCAUGGACUUGAUCAACCGAGAGACCGUCCACGAGCGCGAGGUGCAGAACGCAAUGCAGAUAAGCCACUCCUGGGAGGAAAGUUUCAGCCUGAGUGACAACGAUGUGGAGAAGUCCGCCUCCCCGAAGCGCAUCGAUUUCAUUCCGGUGUCACCAGCACCGUCACCCACCCGGGGGAUUGGGAAGCAGUGUUUUUCACCAUCCUUGCAAAGUUUUGUGAGUAGCAAUGGAUUGCCUCCAAGUCCUAUUCCCAGCCCAACGACUCGAUUUACUACCCGGAGAAGCCAGAGUCCCAUCAAUUGCAUUAGACCAAGUGUUCUUGGACCAUUGAAAAGAAAAUGUGAAAUGGAAACUGAAUAUCAGCCAAAGAGAUUUUUCCAGGGCAUCACCAACAUGCUUUCUUCUGACGUUGCCCAGCUGUCAGAUCCUGGUGUGUGUGUAUCGUCUGAUACCCUUGAUGGAAACAGCAGCAGCGCCGGAUCUUCUUGUAACUCACCAGCGAAAGUCAGCACUACCACCGACUCUCCUGUGUCGCCUGCCCAAGCGGCCUCUCCAUUUAUUCCAGUAGAUGAACUUUCAUCUAAGUGAUUCACCCACCCAUCCCGAGACUCGUUUUUUGUUUUGUUCUUUUUGUUUUUGUUUUUGUUUUGCAAUGGAGAGAAAAAUCAAGUUGGAGCAAGCACUGAACUUUGUCAAUUAAUUUGAGGCUAUUUCCUAUUUGACCCUUUUCCUUUUUUUUUUGGAAUUUCCUGAAAUGUUGUUACUCUAGAGAACUUUUAUGUCAGGUUCCCGCGGAUGCCCUUGAAUUCAGUGUAGUAAUAUUUUCAGGCAUUUUCCAAUAAGUGUGUUGAAGCAUACGUCUUUAUGCUGCUAAUAUGUUUAAAUACAUAUGUUAUCCCUUGAUUUUUUAAAAUAAUUGAGAGCUCUAUUUAUUUAUGGGAUUAUUAAGUUCUGAUGCAAAUAUAAAUGUUGAAUUAAUCAGCAUAGUAAACUGAUGUUUUAAAAUUCCAUAUUUCAUGCCCACACUAGUUUUUAAUGUUAUUUUUCAGUGAUUGCUAAUUUCUAUUGAUGAAGAAUAACUAAGCUGUUUACAGCAAUUUUUAAAAAUAUGUUAGUUAUAACAUAUCGAUCCAGUGGUUGUCUAUUUUAUCCAGGAAUCCUUGGAUAUUUAAUUUUCUGGGUACACAAGUGGCUGGGAGGGGGAAUGAUAAAAGAACAAAAUAUAAAAGUUUGCAACAAAUCUUUUUAAAUUAACUAUAUAAAAGUAAACACUUAAAUGCAUUUUCUAAUGAAAUUUUAAUAGUAAUUCUAAUAAGUCAUGCAAAUAUAACUAUAGGAAAGUUUAAAAAAAAUUUUUUUUAAACCAGAAAGUGCAUUCUCUUGGGUAUAAUCCUGAAGGGAAAUGGGACAGUGCCUUGCAGUCUUAGCCCACUGUACAUAGGCUGAGACCAGGUUCUUUGUACCACUGCAAACUUAAAAGUUUCUCAAAUGUAGAAAAUGUGGGAAGCCCUGUUGAACUUCACCAGAGCACCCAGGCAGAUAAAAGUCUCUCAAUCCUUGAUAUGCUUUAAAAUAUCCAAUUGUGCCUCAGUGAAAAUCCUUGCCAACAAGGAGCCAAAGCAGCUUUUGGCUGCUUUUCUGCUCUGCCCAUCUGUCACCUUCCUGGUUUUCCCUGGCUCAGGAAGGAAGCAGCUGUUUCCUUGCCAACAGGUCCUUCCUCUCCACCUCUCACCAAACUAGGGCACCAUCGGUUAGACAGAGGUACAGUGUGACUUGGAUUUCUGACAGUGAGCAACAACAGAACUGUGGAAUUGUUGCAGGAACCUGUGUAGUUACAGCUACAGCUGGAGUUGACUGCCUUGGGGAUGCCAGUUGAUUAAGGGUCAGUGACUUGCAAGAGAAAAACCAGUGGAGAGUCACAUAGGUAAACCGUUAUUUAAUUUAGGUUUUGUUGAAGGUAGAAUUGUAAAAUGUUCUUUUCUUUGCCUUUUACAACUAAGACAAAAUAUGGAAAUAUUUAAUAACAAAUGUUUUUAUAUUAUACUUCCUAUAUCUUCCUUUACUAGAUAGAUAGAAAGAAUGGCAGACAAAAAGGGAAGGGGAAGAAAUAAAAGAGAGACCAAGACAAAAAGCUCCGGCUUUCUAAAUUACUGCUUACAGAGACUUCAACGAUUAUGUGGAAUUUUUACAACUAUGAGAAUAAAUGGAACUGGUCAACUUUUGAAAGUUGCCUUAAGAAUUCAAUGAAAUUAUGUCAAGGGUAAGAUUGUGUCCGUAGGCUGGAAAUUCUCUGUUUUGGGUAACAGUUCACGUGCUCCAGUCCUGACCUUGUUCCUCCAAUCCAAACCUGUAUAGCCAACUUCCUGUUGGGUACCUUGACCUGCUUCCAGAGGUGCUUUAACCUUAGCAUCUCCAAAACAAAAUUUAGUUAUCUUCUCUUUGAACCCGUUCUUGAAUUACCUAAACUGAUGUCCUCACUAUCUGAUUUUCUAAACUAGAAAUCAUGGGAAGCGUUUUUGUCUUUCCCUUUUCCCUAUCACAUCUAGCGUAAUCACUAAGUCCUGUCUCCUGAGGUGAAUCUCAGACCUCCCCCCUUCUCUGUUUCUGUUGCCUCUGAUUAAACUUAGGUUCCAGCCUAAGUGGUCUUGCCCAUUUUCCCAUCUCCCUUCUGGCCCAGUCUUCACCCUGCCUCUAAAGUGAUCUUUCUGAAAUGGAAACUUGAUUAUUUUUUCCACCCUCCUGUGUGAAAACUUUGUGCUUUCCCAUUUCCCACAGAGUAGGGAAUGCUUUCCGUAAACUGGCAUAUAAUAAGGUCCUUCAUGUACUGGGCAUAGUGUAAAACAGUUUUACAACUCUGCUCAUCCUAUCCCAGCACACAUCCUUCCUUCUUAUUCUGCAAACACUGGACUCCUUGAUAUUCAUUAAAUAUGCCAUGUACUUUCAUGUGUUUGUGCCUUUGGAUGGAUUGUUCCUUCCCCCCAAAAUGCCAUUCCUGUUCUUUUCAGCCAGGCAAAUGCUUUGUUUCUUUUUUAUUGCAUGUUAAUUUAACUAUGAAAGAAUGUAUACCUGCUGAUUAUAAAAGUAUUUAAACAAUGCAGAUAUCUAUAUAGUAAAAAAUGAAGGUCUGCCUUUUACUAUGUAAAAUUCAU